GUCACUCCUUCACAUAGCAGAAUCCAGGUCUCACUCUGACGAUGAGCGCCCACAGCUACGACCCCUAUUUCUCCACAUACAAGCGCCGCUAUGUGGAGAUCGCUCCCCGGGUUCACGUAUCCGGUGUGCGCAGCUCUUAUGGAAGUGCUCGACCAGCCUACACUAGCUACUCGGCACCCAUCUCCUCUGUCUCCAUGAGACGUUCUUAUAACGCCCCUGUCUCCACCUCUUCUCUCAUACAAGCUGUGGACUUCGACCUGACCCAAGCCACGCAGGUUAGCAGUGAAUUCAAGACGAUUCGCACACAAGAGAAGGCACAGCUACAGGAGCUGAACGACCGCUUCGCGAGCUUCAUCGAACGGGUGCACGAACUAGAGCAGCAGAAUAAGGUUCUGGAGGCUGAAUUACUGGUGUUGAGGCAGAAGCAUGUGGAGCCAUCCCGCCUUAAAGCGCUCUAUGAGCAGGAAAUCAGAGACCUCCGCAUUGCUGUGGAUGAAGCCAAGAACGAGAGGCAGGCAAUGCAGCACGAGAGAGAGAACCUGGAAGAUACCCUGAGAAACUUGCAGAGCAAGUACGAAGAUGAAGUUCUUAACAGAGAAGAGGCCGAAGGAAGAAUGAUGGAAGUGCGAAAGGCCGCCGAUGAGUCUGCCUUAUCUCGUGCCGAGCUGGAGAAGCGCAUCGAAUCCCUCAUGGAUGAGAUCGCGUUCCUGAAAAAAAUCCACGAGGAAGAAAUUGCAGAGCUGCAGGCUCAGAUUCAAUAUGCCCAAAUCUCUAUUGAGAUGGAUGUUGCAAAGCCCGACCUUUCAGCAGCCCUAAAAGAUAUUCGUAUGCAAUACGAGAAGUUGGCGGCGAAGAACAUGCUUUCGGCAGAAGAGUGGUUCAAAAGUAAGUUCACCGUGUUGACAGAAAACGCCGUGAAGAAUACCGACGCAGUGCGCGUAGCAAAAGACGAGGUGAGCGAAUACCGCAGGCAGCUGAAGUCCAGGAACCUGGAGAUCGAAGCCUGUCGCGGCAUGAACGAAGCCAUGGAGAAGCAGCUCCAGGAUCUGGAAGAGAAGCAGAAUGGGGAGAUUGCCGCCCUACAGGACACCAUCAGCCAGCUGGAGGACGAGCUGAGAAACACUAAGAAUGAGAUGGCUCGUUAUUUGAAAGAGUACCAGGACCUGCUCAAUGUUAAAAUGGCACUGGACAUUGAAAUUGCGGCUUACAGAAAACUCCUAGAAGGUGAAGAGACACGCUUCAGUGUCAGUGGCAUGGUUUCUGGAUACGCACAGAGCACUCCUCCACUUUACAGCCGCUCAGUCUACUCCUCACAAAGUUCUGCUCCCUACAUGAUGAGCAGUCGACUCUUUACCUCUUCAUACAUCAGUCACAGCCAUGUCCCUCAAGUUGAGGAAGCAAUCCAAGCAAGUAAGGCAGAGGAGGCUGAAGCAGAACCCCCAGAGUCUGAAGAAGGAGAAGGGGAAGAGGGAGAGGCAGAGGGAGAGGAGGCUGCUGGAGAAGAAGAAGAAGAAGCAGAAGAAGAGGAAGGUGGUGAGGAAGAGGCUGAAGGUGAAGUUGAAGAAGAAGCUGAAGCAGGUGAAGAAGAGGCAGAAGCAGAGGAUGAAGGAAAAGAAGAUGGCGAAGGUGAAGAAGAAGGAGGAGAAGAAGAAGGGGAAGAAAAAGAGGAAGCAGGAGAGGAGGAAGAGGAUAAGGAGGACAGCAAGAAAAAAGGUGAAGAUGAAGUGAAAGAAGAAAAGAGUGAGAAGAAGAAAUAAGCCUGCAGCAAGAAGUAACCAGGGAUCUGGUGGAAAAUGUGGCCAAAUAAAUUGACAACUCACUCUGCACCACUUCACCUGUAAGAGGUGGCACUUUGUUUUUGUCUAUGCAAAAAAGAUGGAAAAAAAUUCUUCAAUCUAUUAGAAUUACCCCACAAUGCUUGCAGAGAUCCCUGUUGAAUUGCUCAUUAAAACAAAACAAAACAAAAAAGAUUAAGCAUGGUUAUCUUUGUGAGUUCAAGCUAUGUGCCAGUCUGCAUAAGUAGUAGCAAUCCACACAAACUGUGGCAGUCAUCAGCAAAGACAAAUAGUGCAGUUGGAGUGUCUGUGGCAAGAUGUCAAUAAAAACCUGAAAACCGCUAA